UAUGGUAUCAAUAAGAAGAGCUGAAAUGCAAGAUUUAUAGCAUAUGUAACAUUGCAAUUUAUGGUGUUUACCAGAAAAUUACACAUAUAAAUAUUACUUAUAUCAUGGAAUGGUUUGGCAAUCAUUAUUAUAUGUUGCUGAAGACAUAGUAAUUAACAUCAAUAGAUUUUGAAUAGAAUAGUGGUAGAAUUGUUGGAUACGUAUUGGCAAAAUAAGAUGAAGAAGAUGAAGAAGGUACAAAGUUAGAGCAUGGACAUAUAACAUCUUUAUCAGUUUUAAGAACACAUAGAAAAUUAGGAUUGGCAAAUAAAGUUAUGUAAAGUACUCAUAGAGAUAUGGAUAAAAUAUUUGAAUCACAUUAUGUUUCUUUACAUGUUAGAGUAUCUAAUAGAGCAGCUUUAGGAUUAUAUAGAGAUAAAUUGGGUUAUGAAACAUUUGAUACAGAAGAGAAAUAUUAUGCUGAUGAUGAAAAUGCAUAUAAUAUGCGAAAAUGGUUUAGAAAAAAACUAGAGAAAUAAUAAUGAUU